AUGGAGAACGGCAGCGCCUCGCAGGGCGAGGGCAAGGACCCGUCCAGCUUCCUGAGCGACAUCAUCGGCAACCCCGUCAUCGUCAAGCUCAACUCGGGCGUCGUCUACAAGGGCGAGCUGCAGUCGGUGGACGGGUACAUGAACAUUGCGCUCGAGAAGACGCAGGAGUUUGUCAACGGCACCAAGCGGAGGGAGUACGGCGACGCCUUUGUGCGAGGCAACAACGUCAUGUACAUUUCCGCAGACUCAUAA